UAAGAACGCCAGUUGAGCUUAUGGUGAAGGACAAGAACAACAAGAGAUUCACAUGCCUCUUGAAAUCUCUCAAGACAAAAGACAAAAGUCAAAUCCUCACCAACAGAGACAGCAAGUUCAACAACACCAAGCAAAAACUCUUCAUCUACAACUCUUUAAGAGUUUUCAACUAAGCCAAUCCCACAAAGAAGAUCAGGGAGGGCUAGAAAGCCAAAUCCCAAAUAUGCUUAUGGCAUUUAUGCAUCUUGUCAAUUUGCUUUUGCUAUUUCAGAUCCUAUACAUUAUGAAGAAGAAGCUGAAGAAGAAAAAUGGCAGAAAGCAAUAGAGAGAGAUGAAAGCUAUCGAGAAGAAUGAAACUUGAGAGAGUUGAUUUACCAAAAGGUAAAGCAAUUUGCUUGAAGUGGGUGUUUAAAAUAAUAUUUGUUGCAAAUGAAAGAAUACAAAAGCACAAACUUGUCUUGUGGCAAAAAGGUUAUAUGCAACAAUAUGGUGUUGAUUUCAAAGGAAACUUCUUUCCAGUAGCUCGAUUUGAAACCUUGAGGCUUGCUCUUGCAUUUGCUAUACAGUUAUAAUGGCAUGUUUAUCAAUUUGGUGUCAAGUUGGCCCUCUUCAAUGGAGAAUUAUAAGAAGAGGUCUAUGUAGCACGAUCAGAAGGUUUCAUCAAUAAAGGCAACGAAAUAAACAUGUACAAGUUUAAAGAAGAAAGUGUUGUAUGGAUCAAAGCAGGCCCCUCUCGAGCAUGGUAUAAUAAGACCAAUGGGUAUUUUUAUAAAAAAAAGGGUAGAUGAGAAGUGUGAAUAAGCCCACCUUGUAUGUGAAAAAAGAAAGUAAAAAUGAUUUCAUCAUUGUUUGCCUUAAUGUUAAUGGUAUCAUUUACACUAUCUCAUCUAGCUCUCUUGAAGAUGAGUUUAGGACUCAAAUGAUGAAUCAAAUCAAGAAGUCGGACAUAGGUUUAUUGCAUUAUUUCUUUGGCCUUGAAGUCCAACAAGAUACUAUAGAAAUUUUAUUUCAUAAAGGGGAUAUGCCAGGGACCUUCUAAGUAAAUUUGGCAUGCUUAAUAGCAAGUCUGUAGCUACCCCAUGAAUAUUAAUGGCAAAUUUCAACAAGAAGAUGGAGAAGAGAUGAAAGGUGCUAGAAGGUUUAGAAACAUUGGUUGGAGGAAUAUGACUCAAACCAUGGCUUUUAUAACAAUACCCAGACCUCUCUCCCUGCUAGCAAGCUCGACAAAAGAUUCAUGGAGCUCAGCAAGUGUUCAUUGUUCUUAUUCCAAAAAGAGCUCCCGUUUCUCUACCAAUAGCAGGGGAUUAAACAGAGAUUGCAAGGCGAUAUUUUGGAAUUUCGGUUCUUUUCGCCGUCAAUAUUUAUCACAAUUGACUGCAAUGCUGAUGACGUUUAAAGAUGACGGUAGAGAUGGAAGUGAAGCGAAAUAUGAUCGUGAAUUCUUCUCAAAAUUACUGUUCCAAGUACCCAUUUCUGAGAUGAAGUUUUUGUCUAAACUUGCCUUCUUGUGUAACAUAGCUUAUGUGAUUCCAAAAAUCGAGGUGUGCUUUUUUCUUUUUUCUUUUUAA